AUGAGUCCCGUCACGGCCAAGCUCGUCUCGGAGAGCGAACCGUACAUCGUCCCUGGCAAGCUCAAGGUUCGAGAGCUGUGGUUCGAGGUGCCCCUCGACCACGCCAAGCCAGACGGCAAACAGAUCACGCUCUUUGCACGCAGCGCGGUGCCCCAUGAGAAACCAAUCGUAGAGCCCAAGGAGCCCUCCCAGCGGCCUUUCCUGGUCUUCCUCCAGGGAGGUCCGGGCUUCGGCAACCCACUGCCGCAGGACAGCCCUCUGUCCAAGUACAUGCUCGACCGUGGCUAUGAACUGCUGCUCCUCGAUUACAGAGGCACAGGCCUCAGCUCGACCGUCUCGGCAGACACCUUGGCUUCUAUCGGCACUCCACAGGAGCAGGCAGACUACCUCAAGCACUUUCGAGCAGACACCAUUGUCAAGGACUGCGAGGCCGUCCGCCGCUAUCUCACCAAGGACUAUCCUCCCGAAAAGCAGAAGUGGUCCAUAUUCGGCCAAUCCUUUGGGGGCAUGACGAGCAUGACCUAUCUCUCGUUCGCUCCCGAGGGGCUUCGCGAGUCCUUCAUCACCGGAGGACUGGCGGCCCUCGACAAGGGACCCGACGACGUCUACCCCGUGACAUACAAGACAGUGAUCACAAGAAACAAGGCGUAUUACAAGAAAUUCCCUGGUGACGUCGCCACUGUCAAGUGGAUUGCCUCAAAGAUUGAGGAGUUGGGUGGUGCCAAGGGAAUUCCUCUACCCGCUGGCGGGCUCUUGACCGUGAAACUGCUGAUGCUGCUCGGUAUAAACUUUGGUGCUGACGGAGGCAUAGACAAGGUCCACAACCUCAUGGUGAGGAUGAAAGCCGACCUCGAUCAGUUUGGUCGCUUCACAAGAGCGACUCUCAACAUAAUCGAGCAGGAAGUCAGCAACGACGAAGCGCCGAUCUACAUGCUGCUUCACGAGCCUUGCUGGAUUUACGGGCCGGGUAUUGCUGGCAACUUUGCCGCUGACCGGGUUGGAAAGUCCUUCAAGGAGUACCAGUGGCUCCAACAAGACUGGGAGGGUGUGUCAGCUCUCCAGGAGGACGAACCGCUGUACUUCCUGGGAGAGAUGAUGCCCGAAUACAGGCUCGAUACUUGCGCCGAGCUCAUGAAGUUGAAGGACACGGUGCGAAUCCUCGCAAAGUAUGACCAGUGGCCGGCGCUGUACGACUUGGAGCAGCUAGCCCGUAACGAGGUGCCUGUGUACGCCGCCUGCUACAACGACAUGUACGUAGACAGCGACAUGGCGCGCGUGACGGCCUCGCGCAUCCAGGGAAUCAAGGUGUUUGAGACCAACGUGCUGUUCCACGGCGCUAUCCGAAGCAAGCCAGACGAGGUUUUCCGAGAAUUACUGAAGCUGAGGGACGACACUAUUGAUUAG